GGCACUGCACUUGACUCGGAGCAUGCACGGAGCCAGCAUUUGGUGGUGAUUCGCCGCUCUUCUCUUCUUCCAUUUCCAUCAGCAAGCCUCCCUCCUCUGUCCACCCUGUCCCCAGCUUAUCCAGGAAGGCACAGCCAAGCCAAGAACGCAUCGUCACUCGCCAGCAACAAAGGAGCGAGCACGCCGAGCAGAGGAGGACUUGUUUUUUCUCUACCAGUCGCGGACACUCCUCCCAGUCUCCCACAGCUCGAAAUGUUCAGGGGUUGCGGCCUGUUCGCGUGCGCCCGCCGGGGCCGCGGCGACCACCUCAGGAAGCGCGGUGAGCUAGGCGGCGCGAGCUCGCGUGUUGCGCCGGCCGAGCCGGAGCCGGUGUGCGUGGACUACGAGGCCGAGGCAGAGGACAGCAGCGGCGGCGCCGCGCCCGCGCGGCAGCUGGCGUGGGCGGAGGUGGAGACCGCCACGGGCGGGUUCUCGUCCAAGGUGGUCGGCCGCGGCGGGUUCAGCACCGUGUACCUCGCCUCGCUCUCCUCGUCGCGGCUCGGCGCCGUCAAGGUCCACUGCAGCAGCGAGCGCCUCCACCGCGCGUUCCGCCGGGAGCUGGACGUGCUCCUCUCCCUCCGCCACCCGCACAUCGUCCGCCUCCUCGGCUACUGCGACGAGCGCGACGAGGGCGUGCUGGUGUUCGAGUACGCGCCCAACGGCGACCUCCACGACGCGCUCCACGGGCACGGCGGCGUCCUCCCCUGGGCGCGCCGCGUGGCCGUCGCGCUCCAGGUGGCCACGGCGCUGGAGUACCUCCACGAGGGCCGCGACCCGGCCCCGGCCGUCAUCCACGGCGACAUCAAGGCCUCCAACGUCCUCCUCGACGCCAACAUGGACGCCAAGCUCUGCGACUUCGGCUUCGCGCACGUCGGCGUCUCGGCCACCAUGGGCGGCGGCCGGCGGCCUUCGGACCGCGCCGUCAUGGGCUCCCCGGGCUACGUCGACCCGCACCUCCUCCGCUCCGGAGUGGCCACCAGGAAGAGCGACGUGUACAGCUUCGGCGUGCUGCUGCUCGAGCUCUUGACGGGCAAGGAGGCCGUCUGCCGCGAGACGGGGCACCGGCUCACGGCCGCGGUGAGGCCUCAGCUCGGCGACGGCCAAGUGUCGGACGUUCUGGACCAGAGGCUGGGAGGAGACUACGACGCCGCUGAGGCGGCCGCCGUGGCGGAGAUCGCCAUGCAGUGCGUCAGUGACACCCCCGGGCUCCGGCCAUCCAUGGCCGACGUCGUGCGCGUGCUCCAGGAGAAGACCUCCGCCGUUGGAUCGAGACUGGACCGCAAGAUGUUGGUGUCCUAAAUUAGACGCAUGCCGCAGAUUGUAAAUAUAUCCUUGUUGGUGCUAGAAUUAUGUUGAGGAUAGUUAGCAGAAGAAUUGGCGCAGUGAGAUGAGGUAGGAAAAAAAAUGAAGCUUUGAGAUCACUAGAUCCUGAUAGAAAAUUUUGUCAUGCCAUGGAGUGUUUGUUGAAUCGGGAACACAGUAGUACUAUUUUCAUUCAUCAA